UGUCUGCCUUGAAUUUCUGUAACAAGUUGUGAGUUUUUGUUGAUGUUAAAUGUUGACAAAACUGUUUUGUUGUGUUAUUAUGUGAUAGUUAAUAUUUUUUUAGGUUGUUAUUGGUUUAUAAAAUGGUUUAGUACUGUUACCAUGUGUGAAAGUGUUAAGUUUUUCAAGCAAUUAGCUGUGUUCUGUACUUCAAACAACAUCAAAGGGACAGGUAUUUCUAAGACUGUUAAAUGUCACUGUGGCGGAGAGUUUGGCGAGGGUUGAGGUGACAGCAGCUUCACCAGAGACUUACCGAUCUUCCGUCCGAGACUCCUUCCACUGGCGACACCGCUUGCUGGCGUGAUGGCUAGUGAGAGGGUCGCGCUGCGUCUGCAAUGAGCGAUCCUGUCACAGACUCUUCUACCAUCACUUUCCACCAGAACUCGCCCAGACCCCCUGUUGUACCCGGAGAGGAGACGUGUGGUGGUGUACAGUCGCCGGCCGCUGGAUGGGGUGGCAGGUACGGUCACGGUGGCAGCCCUGUGCCCACCCCUCGGCGGAGCACGCUCACUCACCACGUCACAUUGCCAGAAGGUGCUGCACCGCUGGGGUUCGAACCGGAGGGAUGCAGUUCCCCGAGGGGCGGGACAGGAGGGGAGGAUCGUUACUCUCCCCCCUCUUGUCUCCGCUGGGCUCAGAACCUUCCGUCGCUGUUAGAAGACCCGGACGGUGUAGAACUGUUCAGACGAUACCUGGAGAGCGAGGGACGGAGCCACGCAGACACACUGCUGUUCUGGUUCGCAUGCGAAGGGCUGCGGAAACAGUCGGACCCCGACAAGAUCUCUCAACUUGUCAGAGUAAUAUACAGGAAAUACUUUCUCAAAACGCAGCUCGGUAUACCAGAAGAUCUGCGGUUGUCGGUAAUGCGCAGGAUCAAAGCUGGAACAGACUUGGACUGCGGAGUGUUCAACGAAAGUCAACGAGAAGUGGAGCGAAUCAUCACAGAGACCACUUACCCAAACUUCCUGCGGUCGGAAAUCUACCUCAACCAUGUGCAAGCGAUGCAAAAUGGCUCUAGUUCCUGCAGUGGCAGUGGCAGUGGUAGCGGGUCUAGCAGUGGGGGUGUCACGGCCGCUCCCCCCACCAUGUUGGCCACUGUACAUGAAGACUCGGAACUAGUGGAGCCCCCUCUCCCCCUCCCCCUCACAAGAGACAUGCUGCUGGCCACACAGAAGAGACGAGCCGUCGACUUGCGGCCCAAGCCCGAAGCUUACGCUGGUGUGUAUUUGCCAAACCUCGGCAAGGCGAGGAUGGCUUACUCGUCUUACAAUCCAGUCUCCCGACAAGACUCGGAGCUGCAAAGUCUCAGCUCGGACGCACGGACGGAGUCUGACAACAUGUCACUGACUGACAGUUCUGUGGAUGGAGUUUCCAGCAGCGGACAUCACAGGUUCUCCCGUAAGCAAUAUCGUCAGCAUUGUCGUCAGGUUAAAGAGUCAGCCACUCUCAACCGAGACAUGCAUGUACAUCACACGUUCAUCCCUCGUACACAGAGAAUACAGAAGGAACAGGUACAUCCUAUGAAGCCAGACCAAUUUGCUUCAAUUUUAAUUGAGAAGUUGGAAAACGUCAAGAGGAACCAAGAAGCACAAGAAAUUUUAGACCGAAAGUUGUCAGAGGCUGAAACAUGUUCACCAGCUGAUUUCUCAGCAGCAAUACAGCGAAGUUUGUCUGAGACGAUUAGAGAAAAACUGCAACUUGAAGACGACAAUGUACAAGACAUCCUAGACCAGCAUGUGUCCAGAGUGUGGUCAGAUUUGACCCCGUCAAGGUCACCAGGUGUGUCGUCUCCAAGACCCAAGAGUCCUCCUCACCGCAGGUCUGCCCAGCCACUCAACAAGGCCGGCUGCGGUUCCAGUCUUCCGUCCCAUGUCAACGUCGCUCCCAACCCGUACCAGUCUCGGCCAUACUCACGGUACCCCCGGAAAGACAAGGACGUGUUCUCUACGUUCUCGUCAGACUCAGGUAACGUCCACGACUUCACAGAAGGUUCUGAACAUAGGAUGCACAUGCCCAAAAGCAAGUCCAUGCCUGACUACAACGACGCUUACUCCCAGGUCCCUGGUCAUGACAAUAGGCUCCGCCAGAGCCGAAAGUGGAGCAGCAAGAAGACGGAGUUGACGGACAGUGGAGUCAGCGUGGUUAGUGAUACUCCCCCAGUCAGUGUGGUCUCACAGUUCAAGGACAGCCGUGUGCUGUCCUGGCUGAUGGAGAGUGGCCCAGUGACAGAAGGUCGGUCAUCACAGGACAGCAGUGUUGCAUCACUACACCGUCGCCGCAGCGCCUCGCCGCCCGCACCUGCUCAGCCAUUUGUAGCCGAUCCUUCCAUGCCGCCGCUGCCUUCACCACACACAGCCACACAGCUGGAGGAGGCUCGGCGGAGACUCAUGGAAGACGAGAGUCGGAAAGCGAGAGUCAGCAGGCUGGGUGUGUGUGGGUCUCAGUCCGGCGGGUCUACGUUGCGUCGGGCGAGCGCUGGUGGCCGCAACGUCCCCCCUCCUCCCACCACUGGCACAGCUACUUACACCACUGUUGUGUUUUCCUUCUGUGACGAGCAAGUGCCUUACCGCACCAAGAUACCGGCUCGUCAGGUCACACUGCGUCAGUUCAAGGAGUAUCUGCCUAAGAAAGGAUCCUACAGGUAUUUCUUCAAGACGGAGUGUGAAGACCUUGACAUGAAGGUUAUUCAAGAGGAAGUGACAGACGACAACGACGUUUUGCCGCUGUGGGAAGGGAAGAUCAUGGCACAAGUGAAGGCUGCAGACUGAGGGAGAAGAAACUACAGAAAUUCAAGACAGACUGUUAAACCCCAGAAACUUAAAUUAAUACAGACUCAUCAAAAGCUACGGAAGUCUAAUCCACAGGGUGUCUCGCCUUAUUUUUAGUGAAGUUUUGGUUUUAAUUUUUUUUACACAGUUCAGCAGGAAAGACUAGGUGUAAACGCUCACAUUGUUUCAGGUACCGAUGAAAAGAGACAUUACGAACACUCGUCGGUUUCCUGAAUCGAAUUGAUCGCUUCGAUCGCUCGACCUCUUGUACAGUGUACGACGUGUAUUUAUUUUAUUUGCCGACCUUGUUUUAAAAUCGUGCCUUAGUCGUAAAGCGAAUUUGCACAACUGUUCAUAUCGGUUUAAGUUUUCAUAUUUUUGUAUUGAAUACUUUCUUCUUUCAGUUCCUUGUCAUCUACAAAGUGUUCAAUAGACAAUUGGAAAUAUUGUAUUUAAUUUAAGUUGACAAAGAGUUGGAUAAUGGAUGAUGGGGAAUGAGGUGCAAUAAUACUUGUGUAUGUUUGGAAAUUGGAAUCACCUGAAAUAUUUACUGAAUUGUAUUUUAAAAAGGGUGUGCAAUUAUUUAAAAAUAUAUAAGGACUUAUUUUGGAAAGAAUAGAGUUCAGUUAGCUUAUCUGGGAAAAUUUAAGCUGGAAAAACAAUUGAAGGAUUCUCUUCAAUCUACUCCCUUAAGAAGUUCUACAGUAACGAAAUGUCAAUAUUCUUUUGUAUGACCUUUUAUUGUAUAUCUGUAAGUCCCUGAACUUAAUUUUCCCAUUUAAACAUCUGAACUCGUACCCUUCAUAAAAAACUCUUUGAUCAGGACAAAAACUGCCUGUUAAUGACAUGUCAGUUCAUGUUCUUUUACACAUUGUAGGUGGUUGAAUGUUUGCUCGGUGUGUUCCCUUGAAAUAAACAUUUUUUAAAGGAUUACCACUAAAUAUAUUUCAAAAUUUCUCCAUCAUCCAAUUUUUAUCACAUAUUUUGUUCCUUUCUCUUGUCAGUUUCUAUGUUCAAAUUAGUUUAAAUCGUAAGUGUUACGCUCAAAUCACUCGUGUUUGAGUAUUUAAUCGACAACAAGUUCCUGACUUAACUUGUUUGUUUAGUUGUAAAUUGUUUCUUGUGCUGUUUUUGUUGUAAGGCAGCUGCCGUGAAUGCCUAGGGUAGGUGGCUGGUUGAGAAUUAACAAUGUAAUUUUGUUACAGUUGACAGACGUACUUAUGUCAAAAACAUUGUGUAAGUUUAAAAUUUGAAUGCAUGUAAUACAGCUACAUUUUUUUUAUAUUUUCAUUCAGAGUCCAAGGAAUUUAUGUUGAUUAUUGAGUUAUAACAAUCAUUGCAUGUUAUAUUAUAGGCUCAACGAGCCAGCAUGUAAACUGUUUUAGCACCAAUCUUGCCUUUAUAUCAUACUAGCUGCUGUACUCGUGCUUCGCAACGGGAAGAUGUACUAUACCGCCUAAUCCAAACAUUUGUUAAGUAGUUCAAAUUUAUAAACAAAGAGCCACCAAAUCUAAACAAAAAAGUAUGACGUACAUUGUAACUGUCCUACUGUUUACAUUUAAAUAUAUAAUCAAUUUUUCAUAAUCAAUGACGUAAAUAAACCUACCACAUAGUUCUGUUGCGUAAAAUAUUUUAAUCAAUUUGUUUGGAUCGCUGGUCCGGACUAAUAAGCUUGUAGUAGUUCUAACGGUUUACAUUAAAAUGUCAAGUCAACGCAACGGUAAACAAAUAUUGUGAAUUUUUUCAUGCUUCCAUGGAGACCAAUUUUGAAACCCUCACCUCAAAACUAUGUUUGGGCUGUAUGGGUUUAGUAUUUUAGUUGUGGCAGCCGCAUGGACAAACAGACAGACACCACCUCAAUUUUAUAAUAAUACUAGCUGGCUCGACAGACGUCGUCCUUUCCUAAUGUGGUUUUAUGUCAAAUGCUCGUUCAUUUCAAGAUGAGCUCGUUCGCAUAGCUCCUUUAGGUUGAACUCGUUUGCUGCGCUCACUUGCCUUCAGGUUAGCUCGUUCGCUACGCUAACUCUCCUCCAGGUUGAAGUUCGUUCGCUAGGCUCACUCACCUUUUGUUGCAAAUUAGCUGUUUAACUUUUUAAUGCUAUUGAACGUCACCGAAUCAUACUGUUUAGUUGAACCAGCUGUUAAGAUUCUUUAAUUCCAUUUAAAUAUGAGUACUCAUAAGCUUAACAUGGGACACUCCAGAGCCACUGGGGUGGAGCCCUUUUGAUGGAUCUGCACCAAACUUCACACAAACAAUCCUUUAAUAAUGCCUGAAAGUUUCAUUACAAUCUGUUUAGCGGUUUCGGAGUCCAUAAAGGACAAAACAAACUAACCAAAAAACAAACAUACAUUGGAUUUUAUAUAGGAUAGAUAGAUUUAAAUAAAUAAACCAUGAGAAACUCGCCUCUUGAUUCCAAAAACAUUAAUAGAAACUAGACAGAAUAGAUUUUAAUAAGUUAAGCCUUAAAAUAUUACGUCAAAAUAUUCCAUUCAAUUUGCUUGCAAGAUGAAGGGGCUUAAGUACAUAGGCUAUUUACGCCACUUUGUCUUGCAAGCCUCGAAUUCUCUAAGACAAUCACACGCUCUAAGGUGGGUAUUUUUAUUUUAAGCUGAUAAUGAUUGCACAAUGACUGUAGAAUUGAGCAAGAUGAUAUGUAGGUUUGUUACUGACCUAUAAAUUAGCUAUCUCUUUAUUCGGAACCAUUUAUAUAAAGGCCAAUGACCAAGGACAGUAGGGUCCAUUUUCAAACCAUCAAAAAGCUACUGACUUUUCUCAAGAACAAACCAUCAAGCUUCUGCUUGCUAGGGGAGCACUGUAACGAAUCAGAAACAUUUUUAUAACUAGCGUCUUGUUGAACUUUAUUAUUUAAAAUACAUGCAUUAAACAUUUUUUUUAGCAUGUAUGGAGAUUUCAGUCUGCUAUGUAAACAUUACCAACCUUACCCUAGAUCAUUUGAUUUUAAUUUGAUUGUGCCUGCCUGAAAGAGAGUUGAAAACCUAGAAAUUUUUUUUUUAUUUACAAACAUAACAAAUUUCGAUUAAGGUUUAUUCAUAUCAAUCAAUGCAAUAUUAGUUUUACAUUUUGUUGAAUGUCGCCGUCCCAUAACCAGCCAUCCAACCCCUGCCAAUUAAGUAUAUUACCUCAAAUAGUUAAGGUACAAGUGCUAAAGUUUAACUUUGUAUAUAUUUUUUACAAUCGGAUGCUUGCUACAUUUUAAUAUUGUUUUUUAAUUUUAAGUAUUUAUGAAAGUUAAAUACAAAUCGAACGAGAAGUGUACGGGCGGUUAGUUAAUGUAUUUUAAUUUUAAAUGUUUAGUAUAUGUAUUUUUUUAGUAAUUUAUAAAAUUUGUAAUUGUGACAUAGUAGGUCUAUAUAUAUUUGUCCUAGGUUAUUUCUAAGAAAAACUGUGUUUUCAGUUUGUAUAGCACAAAACUGUAAUCAAAAUUCUGUGAACUGUUUUUGACCAAUUAAGACGUUCAAGAUCAAAAGUCGAACUAGAGAAAUUGAACUUUUUAAAUAUUUUUUAUUUUUUAACAAUGUCAAACCUCAAUUUGACCCUUAAGAAUAUUUGUAAGUAAUUUAUUUUAUUAACAACAUUAACUGAUGUCAAUAAAACGUUUUUAGGUA